AUGUCGUUUUAUGAUUUUAACAAACAAGUAAAUUCUUAUACUAACCAAUCAUUAACUGGAAUUGAAACAUUCUUAAGAAACAACUGUACACCAUCACUUUUAGAAAUUUUUGCUGAAAAAAGUGAUAGUUUUAUCAUUGAAAAUAGCAAUGAAAAUGAUACGAAUCUUUUAGAGGAAUUGAUUAAAGAAUUAAAAGAAGGUAAAAGCAUUUUUAAUUCACUUUUUAAAAUAGCUGAAGAAAAUGAUUCAUUUGCAUAUGAAGCAUUAUAUUAUAUUUAUGAAGAUAUUAUUAUUCGUGAAGCAUUAAAAGAAAAUUUUACUUUUUCUCUUGGAACAAUUUUAUCAGCAAUUGAGAAAGGUAAUCUUUGUGGAGAAUUAUGUUUAUCAUCAAUAGAAGGCAAUUGUAAUUUAGUUUAUGAAAUAUUAGAAACUUUUAAUGAUUUUUCAAAUAUUUUAUUAUCAAAAAAUAAAGGUUUAUAUUAUUGUUCAAUAAAUACUUUUGUUCAAGAAAAAAGAUGUGUCCCAAUACCACAAGAAGUAGAAAAUCUUGUUAUUUCAAUGAAUGAAUUGGGAACAAAUAUUAAAUUAUCUAAUAGAUAUCUUCGUAAAUGGAUGCAUAAUUAUACUUUAAAUAAUUCUUUAUACUAA